AUGUUCCGAUGGUACCGCAAUUCAGACCUGUGCUUAGCCCUCCUGUCCGAUGUGGACAAGUCCGAAUUCGAGCUCAUUGAAGAUCUGCAGAGCUAUGCCACACUCAUCUGCCGCUGGUUCACCCGAGGUUGGACCCUACAGGAGCUCCUGGCACCCGACGACCUGUUCUUCUUCGAUGUCAACUGGAACGAGCUGGGAUCGCGCUCUCAGUGGGCGAGCCACAUCUCCAAAGCUACUGGCAUCCAUGUCAAGUUUCUUCACGGCAUUGAGCUCAAGCUGGAUCCUUACAAAUCAUGGGACGUUGAAGCCGCCCUUCGAGACACCAGUGUCGCUACCAAAAUGUCUUGGGCUGCUGGCAGAGAGACAACCAGGAUGGAGGAUCAAGCGUACUGCUUGCUCGGCUUGUUCGACAUCCACAUGCCAAUGCUUUAUGGCGAGGGCACAAAGGCAUUUGCUCGGCUACAACAAGAGAUCAUGAAGUCUACCGAUGACUGCACCCUGCUAGCUUGGGGCUACAACUAUCCGCUUCUUGGAGCCCCGGUCUCUCAGAUUCCCUUCUUUUGUGAUUGCUGUACUUGCGAUACCUACCAUGGGGAGCGUUCUCGUUCACCCUCGCCCACAUCCGACUUUCCCAUUCGAUCCAGACCGAUGCCUCUUCCAGUCACUCACCUCUCAAGUUGUGCUUACGCUGACGUGGGCCAUCGUCCCCUAGGUGGAGCGCUGGCUAGACGACAGCUUUAUAGAGAUGUCAACGGCCAUACUGCUGGUGGUCGGCCAAGGUCGCUCUUUGCAACCUCUCCCCACGACUUCAGGUUUGCCGGAAACCUCGAGUCUUGCGGUAUACGGGGACACAAGAGACCAACGUUUGCAAUGAGUCAGCGUGGACUAGAGAUUACUUUGCCAAUUGUCAAGGAUGAGUCGCACCAGCACAUCGUAUAUGGUCUGCUAGCCUGCACCCCAAAGUCGAAAACUAAACAAACCAGCCUGGUGGCAAUCCCAUUGAUCCGCGCAUCCGUCAUAGACGCGGCGUCAGAAGACUACGACGACGAGUACGUACAAAGCCCGUUCUGUCUCCCUUGCAAAGUUCCUCUUUCUUUCGCCGAGAGAGCAGAGAGGAUGAGUAUCUGCAUCCGACACGAAGAUCGCUAUCGUCGAUUAUGGGAUUCGGCCGGCUACUCGGAGAGGUCCUUGAUAUUCGAUUUUGGACAUCCACUGGCCACUAAGAAGGACGACAGCGCUCUGCGCGUGGAGCUGAUGUAUCCAUCCCAACCCCUGUGCAGCAUGUACUUCAAUCUUUUUCGCCAUAGCUGUCCGGUGAACUUGAUACCUUGUGCGCCAGUGGAUACCCUGAAGCCAUCUUGGUGGAUGUAUCACGUUCCUCGGCCCCCUCCCCGGCUUCGCCUGAGGCCAACCAGUCGCCAUCCUUGGGACGAAAAUGUUCACAAGAAGGUUGUGUAUGCUCCAGACACCACCGUUGCAGUCGUCGUCCUGAACUUCGAUCCAUUUCCUCGGGAACCUGACGUUUCACGCCAAACAAGAAUCCUUCUGGUGGUGUCUUCCGAUCUUUCUUGCCGAGUGAGAAAGCUUGAGCCGGACAAGGAGGUCACCUUGCGAAACCUAAUGACAAUAGCCCAGAGACCAGACCUAGCAGGUCCUAAGCUGCAGUUCAACUGGCCGGAAAAGAAAGAGUACGAGUGGUGGAAAGAGGCACGUGUUGACUGCCAACUGCCCAAUGGCAUAGAGCUGUGCUUGCGGACGUGGUAUUGA